AUGACAGCAUUGCAUGCAAGGAGCACGCUGAAGGGCAGCUACAGGAGAGGUUAUGAAACAUCCCUGAGAGCCUGUGUAAUUGUACCCCUUCCUCAGUGCUUGGUGGGCAGCGCUGUGACCAAGCACCACAGGCACCGACCCCAGCAAGGGGGCCGAGAACAAAGCACUAGUGCCCUCCCAGGGGAUUUCCACUGUGGGCAGCUGGUGAGUAGAACGGCUGGAAAUACCUGGCUGUGCUACUGCUCAUGUCCACUGGCUGCUGGUGGGUACCACACAGGCACCGUCCUGUGGGACUCUCACCGCAGACACCCAGCAGGUACUACACAGGCACUGUCCUGCGGGGCCACUCACCGCAGACACCAGGUGGGUAGCACGCAGGUGCUCUCCCCUGCCCACUCGCUGCAGACACCUGGCGGGUCCCACGCAGGUGCUCUCCCCUGCCCGCUCACUGCAGACACCUGGCGGGUCCCACGCAGGUGCUCUCCCCUGCCCGCUCGCUGCAGACACCUGCUGGGUACCACGCAGGUGCUCUCCCCUGCCCGCUCACUGCAGAUACCAGGCGGGUACCACACAGGUGCUCUCCCCUGCCCACUCACUGCAGACACCCGGUGGGUCCUACGCAGGUGCUCUCCCCUGCCCGCUCGCUGCAGACACCCGGUGGGUCCUAUGCAGGUGCUCUCCCCUGCCCGCUCGCUGCAGACACCUCGCGGGUACCACGCAGGGGUUCUCCCCUGCCUGCUCGCUGCAGACACCUCGCGGCCGCCACGGAAGCUGGAGUCCUGGGCCCGCUCUCCAACGCCCCGGUGCACGGUGUGA